AAGCUUCCUCCAUAAAUCCAAACUAAACUGCACCGAGGGAGAAAUCAGAGACGAAAAUGAAGGUGGCGAGAUUGGCACGCAUGGCAGCAAUGGCGCGGAACAAGCUCUUAUGCUCUUCACAUUUGGCUUCCAUGCACAUCUCUACUCCUACAUCUCGCCAAAUAAGCAUGAAGACAGAGGGUCUUACUGCUCGGCUUAAUAGUGCUGGUCUGUUAAGGACCCAGGGUCUUAUUGGAGGGAAAUGGACAGAUGCAUAUGAUGGGAAGACAAUUCAGGUCCUUAAUCCCGCAACUGGUGAAGUUGUAGCAGAUGUCCCAUGCAUGGGUGGAAAAGAGACAAAUGAUGCAAUUUCUUCUGCUCAUGAUGCAUUUUAUUCUUGGAGCAAUCUCACUUGCACUGAGAGGAGCAAGCAUUUACGAACAUGGUAUAACUUAUUAAUUUCCCACAAAGAAGAACUUGGACAACUAAUAACCUUAGAGCAAGGAAAACCUCUAAAAGAAGCCAUCGGUGAGGUUAACUAUGGAGCCAGUUUUAUUGAGUUCUUUGCGGAGGAGGCAAAGCGUGUAUAUGGUGACAUAAUCCCAGCAACUCUUGGUGAUCGUCGGUUGUUGGUUCUAAAGCAGCCUGUUGGGGUGGUUGGUGCAAUUACUCCGUGGAACUUUCCAUUGGCCAUGAUCACUCGUAAGGUUGGUCCUGCCCUUGCUUGUGGUUGUACAGUAGUUAUAAAGCCCUCUGAACUUACACCUCUCACAGCCUUAGCAGCCGCGGAGCUAGCCCUGCAAGCUGGAAUACCACCGGGGGUUCUGAAUGUGGUUAUGGGAAAUGCUCCUGAUAUUGGAAACGCUUUACUAGCUAGUUCACAGGUGAGAAAGAUCACAUUCACAGGCUCUACGGCUGUGGGAAAGAAGUUGAUGGAAGGUGCUGCUGGAACUGUUAAAAGGGUGUCUUUGGAACUCGGUGGCAAUGCACCCUGCAUAAUUUUUGAUGAUGCAGACCUUGACGUUGCAGUAAAAGGAUCUCUUGCAGCAAAGUUCCGUAAUAGUGGGCAAACGUGUGUUUGUGCUAAUCGAUUGAUUGUACAAGAAGGUAUCUAUGACAAAUUUGCUGAGGCUUUUUCAAAAGCUGUUCAAAAUUUGCAAGUUGGGGAUGGCUUUAGUGAGGGGGUGGUACAGGGUCCAUUAAUUAAUGAAUCUGCAGUGCAAAAGGUUGAAUCAUUUGUUCAAGAUGCUAUCUCAAAGGGAGCAAAAGUUCUUCUUGGGGGCAAAAGACAUAGCCUUGGAAUGACUUUCUAUGAGCCAACAGUAAUCGGUGAUGUCAAGAGUGAGAUGAUUUUAUCCAGAGAGGAAGUAUUUGGACCAGUGGCGCCACUCAUGCGGUUCAAAACAGAGGAGGAAGCUAUCUCCAUUGCUAAUAACACAAAUGCAGGAUUAGCAGCAUAUAUUUUCACAAACAAUAUUCAACGUUCAUGGCGUGUCACUGAAGCACUUGAGUAUGGACUUGUUGGUGUCAAUGAAGGACUUAUUUCAACAGAGGUGGCUCCAUUUGGAGGAGUAAAACAGUCUGGCAUAGGACGGGAAGGCUCCAAGUAUGGGAUGGAUGAAUAUCUGGAGCUGAAAUAUGUAUGCUUAGGAGAUAUGAACAGAAAGUGAGAUGCAAGGUAGUUCGCAGGUUAUAGUUUUGGUGGGAUGGUUGAUGUCGGAGGCAUAGAAGAUGAGCAGCGUAGUGGUCCUUAUGCUUUGUGUAUGUAAUAAGUGCAAUGUCCAAGCAUAUCUGAAUGACAAAUGUUUCUUUGCUUGGCCUGUUGUAUAAUACUUUUUUUCAGUCCUUCCUCUUUAUUGGGCUGAAUGCUUAUCAUUAGUUUUUGUUUUCAUUUUCAUGCACAAAUGGAUAGUUUUGAGUUUUUAACAUAGUUGGGUUUUCAAGGUUGUGUUUAUCGGGAUCAUUUUGCUGAUCAUCUUAUCCAUAAUAAGAAGGAAAUGGUAAUGAAUUUUGGCAAGAA